AUGGAAGAAGGCGAAGAGUUUGAACAAUAUGAGAGCAAGAAAUCAAAGAGACUCGAUACUGUCGGCAACGAAACCACUAUGAAUAUGAAUACUCUACUACAUGCAAACAUCUUGUCAUCAACCUACUUCAAGAACUUAUACGACUACAAGACAUGGUCCGAAGUCAUGGCGGAAUUAAAGAAUGAAGAACCAUUCUUGAAGGGAACCGUUCCAUCCACGGCUUUUUGCAUCCUCUACAAACUAUGGACAUUGAAACUCACCGUGAGGCAACUAGAACGCAUGGUCACUGACCCAAAGUCGCCACACGCUCGAGCUAUUGGCUUCUUGUAUCUCAGAUAUGUCUGCAAGCCUGAUCAACUAUGGGACUGGUUCGAGCCGUAUCUCGACGACGAGGAAGAAGUCCAAUCUGAAGCAGGCCCACGUCCAAGAUCAAUUACAAUCGGCAAGAUGGUGAAUGAUUUAUUAACUCAACAGAAAUGGAUUGGUACAGUACUUCCUCGCAUACCUGUACCUAUUGCACGAGAUAUUGAAAAGAAACUCAAGGAACGACCACCACCAAAGGCAGCUGAAGGUGAUGAGGAUGAUUACAUCAUGGAAGACCCGCUGUUCCCCUCCAGAAAUGCUACUGCUGCUGUUGCUUCUCCCAGAGCAUCUGACGGACAUCGAUCCCCUCCUGGUGCAAGGUCUCCUCGUGAUGACCGACGAAAUGAUUACGACAGGCGUGACCACUAUGACAGAGACCGUCCAUCUGGUUCUAGAGAUCGUCGUGAUCGAGCACCAGACAUACCACGUGAUGACAGACGUUAUAAUGAUCGACGAUAUGAUGACAGACGUGACAGAUAUGAUGAGUCAAGGGAUAGGCGAGACAGAUAUGAUGAUUCAAGGGACAGACGCGACAGAUAUGAUGAUUCGAGGGACAGAGGAAGAUAUGAUGACCGUUCUCGUGAUCGUCGACGCUCUUCAAGCCCUCGAGGAGGAGACCGACGACGUGAACGUGAUCAUGAGCAAAAGCGAGAAGAAGAAGCUCGUCGUCGAGAAGAAGAAGAUUUGCGAAAAAAGAGAGCAGAGGAAGAGUCCAAACGCAAAGCACAAGAGAGACUGAAUGCACUGAAGAAGAAGCGUGUAGUCAAAAGUGCAAAUAAAGUAGACGUGCUCAUGAGCGAGUUUUAUCGAGCCUGUUUCUGGUAUUUCUCUGCGAAGAUUGGCAAAGUCACUCACAAAAUACCAAAGAUGCAAAUGGAUGUCGAUGAAGAGGAAGAGAGGCAGCCUGAAGGAGACGAUAGUACGAAGCAAUAUGUCUGGGAAGGAGCGUACGAAAUGUCUUGGCAGCAAAUACAAGAAGAUGAUGAAGGAACAUUAAGAUCUGCAGUUGCAAACAUUCUGAAUAGAAAGCGAAAGAGACCACAACGAGAUACCGCCGCAGUACGAAGAGGAAUUAUUCGCAACUUGUAUAUAAUCCUUGAUCUGUCUCGAUGCAUGCUCGAAGGGGACUUGAAACCAACAAGGAUCGAAGCUUCCAUCUCUCUUGCCAAAACAUUCAUUCAAGAUUUCUUUGAUCAGAACCCAUUGUCCAGUCUGGGCCUCAUUGGAACGCGGGACGGAAAUGCUGAAAAGAUUACAGAGCUGUCUGGAAAUCCUAGCGAGCACAUUGCAGCUCUGGAUGAUGACAAGGCUAAAAAGGAUGGUGAAGAAGAUAAGGAGAAACUCAGUCUACGAGAUGUCCGUGGUGAAGCCUCUAUACAAAAUUCUCUAGAACUAGCUCGAGUGUCACUAGGCCAUGUACCAACACACGGAUCACGAGAAAUACUAGUGUUGUUGGGCUCCUUGUCAACAGUAGAUCCAGGAUCAGUGUUUGAUACCGUGGAUGCUCUCGUUACAGACAAGAUUCGUGUAUCGAUCAUUGGUCUGAGUGCUGAAGUUCAAAUAUGCAAGGAGAUUUGUAAAAGGACUGGCGGUGCAUACAAUGUUGUGAUGGACGAUCAGAACUACAAGGAACUAGUGUUGAAGAAUGUACCACCACCUGUCCUCACAACAGAAAACUCACCUGCAAAUAUGGUGGAAAUGGGCUUCCCAAAAAGUUUUCUUGCUCCUCAAGCAGUCCUCUGCUCAUGUCACCCAAGACCAAUUCGACGAGGCUUCAAAUGUCCUCGGUGUGAUGCCAUCGUAUGCGAUUUACCUACAGAUUGCCCCAUCUGCUCCCUACCAUUAGUAUCGUCACCGCUAUUGGCACGAUCCUAUCAUCACUUGUUUCCAGUACCAGAGUUCAGAGAAUUGGAUCAUGAUCAGAUCGACUGGAAGAGCAAUCAAGAACGAUGCUUUUCUUGUGUGCAGGCAUUUGAGGAACCACUAGGACUGGCAACACCUAAAGCGAUGCUGCUACCCACCAGUUCUUCAAACGGACCAGCACUUCCAUUACCUUCUGGUGUAUACGAAUGUCCAAAGUGUACAGAGAAAUUCUGCUCAGACUGCGAGUCAUUUGUACACGAGACCCUGCAUCUCUGUCCAGGUUGUAGCAAUAGUAGAAAACCAAGGCAAAAGCCAUCAUAA